AUGCGUCCAAUAAUAACGGCAAGGUUAACAGCGGCACAAAAAUCCAAAGUCACAUUUACAUUAUUCUCAAGUGUUGCCCUAUUUGCAAUAUUUACAGUUGCAGCUCCAGCUCUCUUACCUUGUCCAGCAUUUGAUGAAACUCAACGUAAAGCAUUAUUAGAACAGCGUCGUAAAGCUAAAUUAAUUGGAAGAAAAGAAGUUGUCAUUGAACCUAGAAAGCAUCUACAGAAUAAUAAUAAUAUCAUAAAAGUAAAGAAUAAUACAUUUUGUUAUAUUUUAUCUGGUGGUUUAUGUGAUGUACUUGAAAAGAAGACAAUUGGAUAUUUAGCAUUUUGUACUGUAAUUUAA